AUGCACGCAAAGCAGCAAAAUGGACUUGCUGCGAAACUCAUCUUCAAUGCUCGCGAGUUCCAAACGGUCCAGGAAGAAGCAAAGAACGGGAGUGCCAGGAAGACUAAGCGGAUCGUCGCCUUCAUCCUCCUAUUCGUCCUCAUUAUCGUCAUCUUUGUCAUCUUUGAAACUGGAGUCAUUGGCAACAUGAAUUAG